GCUUCAUCCCUCCUUCCAAUUAACUACAGACCAUCGUGUUGGUGAUUGGCCUCUCAUGAGUUCCCCUCUUCCAACUAUUGCCCUUAUCUUACUGUACCUUUCUUGUGUGUGGUUGGGCCCUCAAUUGAUGGUCAGUCGACAACCUUUUGAGCUCAAAUGGAUUUUGGUGUUCUACAAUCUUGCCAUAAUGCUGCUUAAUCUUUAUAUAGGUUGUGAGCUAUUAUACUGUGCCCUGUAUCGAAAAUACAGUUGGUUGUGUCAGCUUGUGGAUACUUCUCCCAAUCCUCAUGAAGUGCGAAUUGCCAAAGCCCUCUGGUGGUAUUACUUUUCCAAAUGUAUUGAAUUCUUGGACACAAUAUUUUUUAUUUUACGUAAAAAGAACAGACAGCUGACAUUCCUUCAUGUUUAUCACCAUUCAACGAUGUUUGGACUUUGGUGGAUUGGAGUUAAGUGGGUACCAGGAGGAUCAGCUGUCCCUGGUGCUAUGGCAAACUGUUUUGUUCAUGUCCUUAUGUAUCUUUACUAUGCACUCUCUGCCUUUGGGCCCGCAAUAAAACCCUACUUGUGCUGGAAGAAAUAUAUCACAAUCAUCCAACUUGUACAGUUUUCUGCUGCUAUGGCUUUGGGUAUUUAUGCUAUUGUUACAAACUGUCCUUUCACUCGCUGGAUGGAAUAUGCUUUCGUUGCAUACACAUUCUCGUUCAUUAUCUUGUUUGGAGAUUUUUACAGAAAAAAUUACAAGAGAGCUCAGGCUACAUCAGCAAAAAACAAAGACAAAAACAUUUCUAGUAAUUUCGAGCUCGAAAAGAAAAAAGGUUUAGUUGGAAAUGCCCUAUUUCCAUCAGGCAAUAACAACUCAAAAAACAAGUUUUAUAGAGAGUAAUUUUUGAAGAUGUCUGUUUCUACGCACUGCCUAUCAAGAGGUUCAUCAAAGUCUACUGGAUCACAUUCAAAUGCUGGUUCAAUUUCUUUUUGUUUCUGGUGAUUUCUGAACCACACCCAGAAAUUUGGUUUGCUGUGUUUCUGUUCCCUGAAGCUAACUUGACCACAUGUGGAACAUAAUUCAUUGUAGUGAUUACUGAUGUCAAGGGGACUACACCCUUUAGUUAUUUCAACAUCCUUCCAUUAUGCCACAAGUUUUCUUUGUUUUGGCUAAGAUCUGCUAAAUCACCCCUAGAUGUUAGUAGGGUUUACUCAUUUUUCCUGCUUUUACAGCACUAAACCUAGUUGUUAACCAAAUGCUUAUCAGUUAUUCAUUUGUCUUUGAAACUUACAGGACAUGCUUAAAUGUUUUUUUUGUUUGUUUGUUUCUGAAGUUUAUUGGAUCAUCCAACAGGUGUUGUUCCUGAUUCUAGUAGGGUAUUUUCCUUGAGGUCAACUGGAAAUGUCUAAAUGUUAACCAAAUGCUUGAUUUCUACUAUAUUAUGGUAACGCUGAUUAUUAUUAUUUUUUAGGUUUAAUGAGUCAUACCCAAAUGUUAUUAAAUUAUUAUUUUUCUUGUUUUGUUUACUGUGCCAUAUCUCAGAUGCUAGUCAAAUAAUUUUAUUGAAAUCUAUGUUGAGGUCUACUGAACAAUAUCUAAAUGUUAUUCAGUCUUCUUUUCCUUGAGGGAAAUUGCAUUUUAAACAGUCAAGAGAUAAGAACAGCUACAAUGAGGUUUAGAAAAAAGAACACACAAUAUCAUAAUGUUUCAUCGCAUUAAUGUGACAUCAUCAGGUGAUGAAAAGAAAUGAUGACACAGUUCAGUAAAUAUGCCAAGGUAGUGUAGUCUUGUAACUAAAAAAAUUAAAUUUAGAUUAACUCCUUCCAUUUUAAUUAUUUAGAAUAUCUAGAAGUUUUAAAAUUUUGUGGAUAAUGUCCCAUGUAUUUUACAUCAAAGAGUGAAUUUUUUUAACAUGUAUAAAAGUGAACAUACAGUUUAAGGUUAUGUCUAAAUUCUGAAUACGUGGAAUAAACUGUUUAGUUAAAUGUACACAAAGACAGCAAUAUAAACAAAUGUAAAAUUAAGGAAACUGUUAAUUAAAACCAUUGAUAACUAAAAUGGCAUGAAUUAAUUUGUGUUUAUUGAAAUGUUUUAAUCAAUAACCACUUACCUUGUUGUAUUAAUUGGUCCAUGUCAUCAAUGUUUUUUAAAUAAUCUAAUGAUUCUACAUUAAUGUGAUAAAUGCUGUAUUGUUUUAUUUUCUUAUUUUUAAACCUCAUUUUAGAUAGUUUUAACACUGAUACUGAAAUGUGAUUUAUUUUUAUUUAUUAUAAGUCAAUUUUUUCUUUCUUGCAGAAAUUGUUUUUGUAACUGUGAUGUCUACUAAAGCAUGUUAUACAAAUGUUUUUUAAUUUAUUGUACCCCUCAUAAAUGCUAGUUAUAUGUUUUGUUUUCAGUGAAUUUACAGUGUCAUACUUAUAUGUUAGUUAACUGCAUUUUUACAGGUUUACUGGAUUAUUCUUGGACGAUGGUGAAAUUUUAACCAGUGGUAUACACUUGAUAUUUCUUUAAUGAUGUGAUAAAUCAGUCCUAAAUUCUUACCAUUAGUUUAUUGGAAGACUCAGUUUUUAGCUGGUAUAGGUAUUUGUGGGAUUUUUAUUUCAGAUGUCAAACUUCAUAAUCCUGUUAAUGCUUUUCAAUUCUACUGCUCUGUUGUACCAGAAUUAUGUUAACAUGGUUGAGUUUAUGUAAAAGAAUCAAUGCACCACGAAACGUUGAUGACAGUUAUACAUUUUAAAAGUAUAUUUUUAUUAUUUGUAACUUUUUAAACUAUGAAGUCUCCUUUUACUUCAUCCAAAUAUUUUCUGUAUAUAAAAUAAGUGCAGCAUGCUACUCCUGUCUUGUUUUUUUCUCCCCCUAUAUUUAGCUGUUUUUCCUUAGAAAAAAAUUGCACAUUCAUUUUUAUAUCAUCACUGUUGAAUACAACUUUUGCCAUUUCUUUGUUGGCAGUUUUUUUUUAAGUUAAUGCAUUGUGUUAGCUACUCCUACUGAACUAUAGUAUGACUGUCCAGUAGAAGCCAAGUAAGAUACAUUUAUUUUUGUUUAAUAAGGCAAUGUAAUUUACCAUAAUAUUUGUUUCGUAUUUUAUUAUAAAAUAAUAGCAGCUAAUAUAUUAGAGUGCAAUUAAAAAGUAUUUGCAUUUUAAAAUUAGUUGAAAUUACUUUCAUUAUAAUCAGUGGUUAAUAAUUGGACAACUUGGCAGUUUUUUAACUCGGAAUUUUGGUAUUCUAAUAAAAUAAUGUUUUUCGUAGUCACUAGUACUUCAGCACAUACAUUUUUCCAUUAUAGUCAUAUAUUUAUAGUUCGACAGAUAUCAGUAACAGAAAAUUUUUUUAUGAAAAUGAAGGAAAUGGAUUUAUGAAAGAAAGAAAUGUUUGAUUGGUCAGACCAAUAUAUACCGAACAUGAAUGAAGUUAAUACUUAACAUACUGCUCCAAAGUAUUAACUGAGAUUUUAUUUCACAAUUAUUAGCCAGCUUGUAAAAUUUACAAUGCUAAUCCAUGUAAUCUUCAUUUGCUUUUCCUGACAUAUAUAACUAUGGCAAAGAGUUCUGUAUCACCCUAGAAUUUUAGGAAUGAGAUACAAUUAUAAAAAGAGUACAUGAACAUAAUUUAAGCAAAGAAACUAUGAAAUGAUAUCACAAAGGUCUACCAGAUGCCAUAGUAUUUGCAGUGCAUUCUAUGUUUUCUCAAACUAUACUUAAUGAUCUCAGGCUUGUACCCAAUAGGGCACCAAAAGGUCAAGGUAUCCUUGUAGGCACUUCCAUUCAGCCUUUAAACAUACCAUUAUUCAGCAGGAUACUUUCAACUUCAUGAAUCAACAUCUGAUAUUCUGGGGUGGUGCAAAUCUUUUGGCCAUAGCUGUAUGUGUCAUUGUGUAAGCUAAGGGUUCAGUGUUCUAGAUUUGAAGAAUAUACUUGUAGGCUCUGGUAAAAAAGCAGUAGGAAUUUCUGAGCCUGACAGACUUUCUUCUCUUGAAAGUUAUAUUUAACAGAAAUAUAACAUAUAUGGAGUACAUGUUAACAAAACAUGUCGAGGAGUGCUAUAAUGUUUCUAAAAUGUCAGUAGAAGCAGAAUUAUAAAUGAAAAUGCAAAAUUAAACUUUUCUUUUGAAAUUUUUCAUACAGGUGUACUUUUCAAAAUGAUGGUCUUAACAAGUAGAAGUAAGUGAAAAUAACUCAUUAAAAUUGUACACACAGAAACUAAAGAUGAAUUUAUUGAUUAUCAUUAUACCGUUACCUUUAUUGGGGUGUAGCCAAGUAAGCUAAGGUUUUCAACUCCCAAAUAAAUUAAAUAAUAGCAUAAAUAAUCUAUGCUUAAUUGUGGAAUAUUGACUGGAAUUCUUUGGAGUAUUACCUCAGCUGAAACACUAAGUAAUAUAUCAUUAGAGAGUUAAUGAGCUGGAAUUUUUUGGAUACUUUAUAGAAGCUUAACAGCUGGAAACAUUAAUUGACCAGAAGAGGGUUUAUUUAUUUUAUUUUUUAAAUCAAUUUUUGUAUGUUGCUAUGAAAUAUUACACACUUUUAUAAUCAUGAAAAAUUAAGAAUUAUAUUAUAAUAAUCAGACUGUAAAGAGAAUAAAAUACUGUCGGAGUUCUGAAGGUGCAUAAUAUUUAGUAGCUCAGUGAAUCUGUUCUGACAAUCACCAAUUUCUCAAACUGUAAAACAUUCACAUCUUAAGAAAGAAUAAUGAAUUUUGGUAAAAAUAAUUAGUUCUAUUGAAUGGUUGAGCUCGUGCAAAGCAAAUUGUUCAAUAAACAUUACGACAAACAGGCAAAAAAAUCUGUGUGCAUGUCAUUUUUUGAGAUAUAAUACUUUUAGCAUAUUCCUUAUUUUUGAGAUUUUAAAUGAUUUGCAUUUUCUAUAUAAGAUUGUUCAUUUUUACUCAAAUUUUAUCACAGAAUCUUAACUGUGUUUCAGAAAGUCUUGUAUAGGGCAGCUUCAUGUUCUGUUAUUAAUAUUGUCUACAUGAAUUUACAUGGAAAAAUAAUUUUAGUGCAAAAAAAGGGAUAAAUUAUAUUCCAAAGCUCUUGAGCCCGUGUAUGACAAUUUGUUUUCGUUCCCAUUUCUAACAGGAAUUCUUACGUGAUUUUUUGUGAGAAUACAAUGCUUUUGGUGUGUGUGUGUGUUAUUAUUAAGUAGUUCAGUUUUGAGCUGUGUGUGUAUGUGAUUGUUGCAGUAUUUAUAUGUAUUUUAAGCUUACUUAAACAUGAGCGUAUAUAGAUAUAAAAACAGCUGAAAGGAGGUUAUAACUUUGAGAUAUCAGUGAUGCAGCAUUACAGCCAUACCCACAAUGAGCUGAACAAGUAUCAUCUUCAGAGAAUGACAGAGGAACAAAGGCAGCUAAAAUAAAGGACUUUCUUGAUCACAAGUUAUGUGUAAAACAGCUAUAUUAAUAUAAGGAGCUUGUAAAUGUCUUGUAUGUUUAUGUUGCAUAUUUUUAAGACCUAGGACACAAGAAACAGUAGGGUUUACUAUAUGUCAGGUGGCCAAUGAUUAAUUUUGAGAAUUUCACUAAAACUGCCUUUCAAAGUCAACAUUCUAAAUUUUGUCUCUAGAUACUUUUUAUCAGUGAUUUUCCUCAUGCUUUCUGCUGAACACUUUAUGAUGUCCAUUUUAGUUGUCAAUGAAUAAAUUGUAACAUAUAUAAGAAAAGUAUUGGUAGAUGAACAAAUUUAAUUUCUUAAUGUUUUGAUCAGUUAAAAAUUGAAUUAACUGCCUCAUCAGGCUUAAUUUACCAGGAUUCUACAAACUUUAAACAGUAACUGCUUUAUCAGGUUUAACUUGGUCAGCAAAUUUGACAGGUUAUUCUUAUAGAAUACAUGCACAAAAUAACAUGACUUGAGAUUAAACAGUGUUAAAGAAACUGUAUUCAAUGAAAUAUUACAAUAGACUCUUGUCAUUUAAUUUCAUAUAUUUGGAAAGUAAGAAAAUAAAUAA